GUUUUAAUAAAACGCUGCCAGGUGAAGGUUGGAGAUCAGCAAAGUUAGAAGAAAAAGAGGAAGAAGGUCAACUUACCUUGUCAGGGAACCAUGUCACGCAACCCCAGCAAGACUCGAGCAGAAAAAGGUCAUAUCACAUCAGCCCAGCCUCCACAUCCUGCACAAGCUGAGGACGUGGUAGAAAAUGUGGACCCAGGCUGUCUUUCCAAGUCUGAGUUUCUGAAUAUGAUAGCUCAGGAAGAAGAAGAGGAAAUUGUGUCGGAUAUCCUUGAUGAACUCAUGACCCACGUGACAGAGAAAUGUUAUGAAGUGUAUCUUAAGAAACAGAUAAUGCCAUUCACUGUGGCCUGGGCAGAGAAUACAAUACUCCAGCUGGCAAAGUGGCAGUACCUUAUGCAUGAUGAAGGUGAUGAUGUAGAAACAAUAUCACUGCUACAGGAAGACACAGCACCCGCACCUUCAGUUCCAGAUUCCUGGGCUGAAGGCUGUGUGCCGGUUAUCAAAAUCUCAAAUCAAUUACAGGAGGUUAUGAUCGACUCAAAGAAAACUGAAGUUGAAGUUCCACAGAAAAUACAGGAGGCCCAGUCAAUAAGCAAAACAGAAUCUCCCCCAAGGAAACCAAGACGAAACGGCAGGGCCAUGAGAGUAAUCCCUGCAUUUCGUGCAAAGAAAGAAUUGCAAAGAAAACCACAUCCACCAGAGACACCUUCACCAAACAAACUAAAACCUCCAGAAACACAGAAUAGAUUGCGAUAUUAGGACUUAUUGUGUGAAGAAAAGCUAGAGGUUUUCCGCCAAAGGUCAACAAGAUUAUUACUGAGUGCCUCAGCACAUCCUGACCUAUUAAGGAACAAAGCUAGAUGCCAAUUAGUUUCACAGAGGAACUGAAAAUACAAAAAAAAAAAAACAUUCUUUAUUUCAGGGUCCAAAGAGAGAGUGAGUUCACCUUAAAUUCUUAUCAUGUGACUCCCGAAAUAACAAUUAUUUUAUACUUAUGCACAGACAACAAUUUCUUUCUUUCUUUUUCUCUUAAUUAAUGAUUCUUUAUUUAAUCGUAAAUAAUUAAUUCAUCGUAAUUAAUUAAUUCUCAUAAAGUGUACAUACUGUAAGAAACACAGUGAAGCCAAUCUUUUCAUAUUAUU